AUGGCUCAAACAACGUCCAACCCAAACGCGCACACCGGGCCGGAGAAACAGGACUCACUCUCCCUGCCAACUAAAACAGCAACUCUCCAAUUCUUCGACGGCUCAGAUCCGAAAUGGGCGACUGAAAAGCCGUUCUACUCCAACAUUCCCUUUACGCAGACCAAGAUCGCCAAUACGAAUGUCAUCAAUACAAGUGCACGGGUUCAGAUCUCUGAUGCCAGAGGCCACGAAUCCGAGUUCACUUUAGAUAAGAAUGGCUUCCAGCUGGUCAAAUGGAAGCAUCAGUUCUCUGAUGUCGGGCCUUCUUUUCAAGAAGAAGGGUAUCCUGCUGUGGUCAAAUUUAUGAAGGAAGUUCUGGGGAGUCACGUCAAAGUUUGUGUAUUUGAUCAUAUUGUCCGCCAGAGUCAACCGCGCGGCUCUGCACCUGGAGAGGAGAAAGGCUACAUUGGUCGUCCAAGCAAAGUGGCUCAUAAUGAUCAAACCUACGAAGGAACAAUCGCUAAGAUCAAACACGACUUCGGCUCCCAAGCAUCAUCGAUUCUCUCUCAACGCUUCAGGAUAAUAAAUGUUUGGAAACCCCUCAAGCCGAUCCGUCAAUACCCCCUCACACUUUGCGACUACCGCACAUGUGAUAAGAAAGACGGCCAUCGAAGCGAUUUGGUAUACCCCCACGUCGUGAGUGAGAAUAUCCUUUUCUCUUACUCACCAGAUCAAAAAUGGUAUUAUGUUAGUGACCAAUCUGAUGAGGAGGUUUGGCUGAUCAAGACGAUGGAUUCUUUGGCGAGGAGAGAGGAUGUUGCCAUGUAUACGCCGCAUACCUCGUUCUUUGAUGAAGAUCCUGCUGUCGCGGAGGAGAUACGGGAGAGCAUCGAGCUUAGGGUUUAUACCGAGUUGAUCGACGUUGAGGCCGAAUUGUUCACUCAGUUCGCAUCACUCAGUCGCAAACUGCAAUACUACAACUCAAAGAACACAAUGGAACCCGAGAGAAGUCGUUCACAUUCUCGCGGCCGCUAUACCGACGCGGACAAGAAACGUUAUGAGGACGAGCCGAUGACCCGCGAAAGCUCUCCCGGGGAAUGUGAUGUCGUCUGUCCCCAGCCAACCAAGACCCAGCCCUGGAAGCAGGCCCUCCAAGUUGAGAAAGACUCUGGGGCCAACCCCCUUCUGAACUGGGAGCCUAAUGCUCUGGACUUUGGUGAGAAGCCUUGGCUCAAGAUUGACUGGUCCAAAAUUGAGGGAACUGGACCUGGAGGUGUUCGUAGCAAGUCUCCUGAUCAGAUGUGUGGCUAUUCUGUUGGAAACCUCCAGCUUGUUUGA